AUGUCACUCCCAACCAUCAACAAGCAAUGGACUACCCAACAGUCCGGUCUUCAAGAUCUUACUCUAGGAUCAUCUACAGUCCCAACACCUGGAGAUGGUCAAGUACUUGUUAAAAUUCACACUGUGGCUCUCAAUUAUCGAGAUACUGAAGUGAUAAUGGGACUUUACAACCACCACAAAACUACUGGCAACGAGUCCUCGUCUCUGGUCCCCUGUUCCGAUAUUUCUGGAACAAUUGUAUCAUCCAAAUCCUCAAAAUGGAAGUCUGGUGAUAGAGUACUUGCAACCUUUAAUCAGACACAUGUUCGUGGUCAAGUGACUGCAAAGGAUAUGGCUAGUGGUUUAGGAUUGCCUACCGAAGGUUGUUUGCAAGAGUACCGUGUAUUUGAUGCGGAGGGUUUGGUCAAAAAACCAGAAUAUCUGACCGAUGAAGAAGCUUGUACAUUGCCAAUUGCUGGAGUCACAGCUUGGAUGGCAAUCAAUGGCAUGAGACCCCUUGGACAACCGGGCGGAAAGGGAGAAACAGUAUUGAUUCAAGGAACUGGAGGAGUAGCAAUCAGCGGAUUGCAAAUUGCCAAAGCCAGUGGCAUGGAAGUAAUCAUAACUUCUUCUUCCGAUGCCAAACUCGAUCAAGCCAAAACCCUUGGCGCAGAUCACACAAUCAAUUACCGUACCACACCCAUUUGGUCCGAAGAAGUAAUGAAGAUCACUCAUAACGAGGGCGUUUCCAACAUUUUCGAAACAGGUGGUGCCUUGACGCUUCGUCAAUCAUUCGAUGCAAUUGCUUUUGGUGGACUAAUUAAUGCUAUCGGAUAUCUCUCCGGGAAGGAGGACGACAAUGCAGAUCGCACAAAUACCAAUGUUCUUGCGCUGAGAAGAAACGUUACGUUGAAGGGAAUUUUGAACGGACCAAGAGAGAGAUUUGAGGAAAUGUUGGAGUGGUAUGAGGAAAAGAAGAUUAGACCAGUGGUUGAUAAGGUGUUUGGGUUUGAGGAGGCCAAAGAGGGGUUGAAGUAUUUGUAUAACGGGGGUCAUUUUGGAAAGGUGGUUGUGAAGGUUAGCGAGUAG